AUGAACAAAUCAUCAUCAUCACCUUCAUCUUCCUCAACUUCUACCACUUCAUCUUCUCUUACAACCAUGAAGGUCAAAACCCUAAUCCACAACCUAAUUUUCUCCCACAUUUGUCGCGUUAUUCGAGCACUCUCCAAGGCCAAAUCCAUCUUCCUAGAGAUUUUCCGGGAGAAUCAACUCAUGUACUUGAAACAAACCAAGAAGAAGAACAAGUAUAGGAAGAAAAUACUAUUUGGCUCAUUUAGACUUCAUUACAAUUGGUGUUCUUCGUCGGCUCACGUAUUGCCUAUCCCUUCACCCACCAUACUAGAGGGUGUCAACACUCCUACUAGCCAUAUAUAUUAUGAUUCUACGUGGAACUCGGUUUAUUCCACCGACAACGAAACUCGUGAUCUUCAUAAGGAAGGUGAUGAUCAAGUUUGUAAGAGUAAUGGUAACAAGAUACAUGAAGAAGAAGGUCAGCUCUCAAGUUAUCUUCAAUGGUUAGAAGAAAAAGGUGGCAAAAAUGAGAAGUUAAAUGAAGGAGAAUUAGAAAAUGUUGAGAAUGAAAUAGAUAAACUUGCUGAUUUGUUUAUAGCUAAUUGCCAUGAGAAAUUCAGGUUGGAGAAGAUUGAAUCUUAUAGAAGAUACCAAGAAUUGCUUGCUAGAACUUUGUAA